CUCCACUGUCCUGGAUAAUCGUAGAUUUUAAGCGACGAUAUCCGAUAAAGCGGAGUCAUCGAUUUGUACGGAUUUGGACAGUCACUCGGAACCCCACCACUCUCACAACGUCAAUCCGGCGCGGCAUCUACUUCACAAUCCUCUAUUAUUACCCAUUGCUCUGCACUUUCACUAUUUACAGCUCGAUACAUACAAAAGAUGGCAUCUUUGAAAGGACCUGGAGCUGCGCAGAGCUAUGACGGCACCGGCCUCCGAGUCGCGAUCGUUCAUGCACGAUGGAAUACUGCCAUCAUCGAUCCUCUUAUCGCUGGAGCCAAGAAGACUCUCCUCGCUGCUGGAGUGACGGAAGAGAACAUUGUUAUGCAGAGCGUUCCAGGCAGUUAUGAAUUGCCCUUUGCGGUACAACGGAUCUACGCCGCCUCGCAGGUCCAAGCCGCCACCAGCUCCUCAUCCGACGGCGGUCUCAGCGCAGGCGAUCUCCUUUCUUCAUCGACGACCGAUCUGACCAAGACAGAGACGUCUUCCUCCGUGAAGCCCUUCGAUGCCGUGAUUGCGAUUGGAGUCCUGAUCAAGGGAGAGACGAUGCAUUUCGAAUACAUCGCUGAUGCGGUCACGCACGGAUUGAUGCGCGUGCAGCUGGAUGCUGGAGUCCCUGUUAUUUUUGGAUUGCUUACUGUUCUGAAUGAGGAGCAGGGUCUUGAGAGAGCUGGUUUGGGGAAGAAGGGAAUGCAUAAUCAUGGUGAAGAUUGGGGUAAGGCGGCUGUGGAGCUUGGUGCGAAGAGGAGGGGUUGGAUUCAGGGAAAGAUUCUCUAAAGGGUUUAAAAGAAUGGGGGAAAGAAGAAAGGCUACGAUGGUCUUAUAGGCGGUGUACUGCUGUUUGGAAAUGGGAAAAAAAGGAAAGGUAGCAAAGGAUAUUGGGAAGCUUGGAAUUCUUAGUUUACCAUUGGCUGCACCGGAAAUGGUGUUGAGCUGCUUCCUGCCUAUCCGAUCGCAGGGGGGAAACUAGGAGAAAUAAAUACAUGCACAUAUCAGGACCAAGGGAGACAGGAUCCUCAAGGACCAAAGUUUGGAGGGGCCAUGAUAUAGUAGGGUGGCCUGCUAUAUUUCAGAAGAACCUCAAAUUAAGACGUCAAGUACAGAGAUAGAAAUCCGCGCGUAUUGCAGAUUGCAUGUCUAUCUGUCUAGAACUGCAUCUC